GUGAACCUGGACUUUUAUCGAGACAGAACGAUCCUAUCAACGAAUAUUGACACAAAUCUACAUCUCGUCAAAAACCGUAUCAAAGAGAUAGCCGACGAUCUAGCAUUCGAUACCUCGAACUACACAUCCCUGGAUUGAUCGCACAAAAUCACCCAAUCACAAAAAGACCACUUGGGAAGAAACAAGGCCUACCGAAGAAAGAAGGGCACCAAAGAAAACAAAAGAAGAUGGCCCUCGUCCGCGACCCCAUGUUCUGGCGGCGCUUCUCCCGCGCGAUCCACCUCGACGAAGAAGCCAAAGGGCUCAGCCCUCCAAACGAAUCCAAGCCAGUCGCAGGGUCGGGCGAGACGGUAUCAUCCAUAUCGUCCUCGUCAGCCGAAAUCGCAGCCCACGAGAAGGUUCCUUCUAUCAAGAAGUCUGCUGUGUGCUCAGAUGAAUGGCUCCAGAAUGAACGCCGCAAGCGGAAUAGGAGUAUCAUUCGCGGCAUGAUUGGAAUUGGUGUCUUUGCCGCUAUUAUUAUCGUUGUGGUUGUCGUUCUUUGGUGGCUGUCGAGGCAUAAUUGGAUGAGGGAUUGAGUCUCAUCUUUAUGUCUCUGUUUUAUUAUGUUUUUACUUUUAGCGUUGAGAGUGUGGGAGAGGCAGACAAAGAAGGAAGGACGAAAGAAAAGAAAAAAAAAGAAAAACGGUCAAUUAUGCACACGGGCGCUCAGGUUUGGAUUCGAUUUUCUGUUCUUUUUUUUUGUUUUUGUUUUUCUUUUCGCUUAUUCUAGCU